AUGAUCCUCGCCCUGGUGCUGCUUGCACUAGCUGUCGCGUUUCCCGCCCUGGCGAAUCCCGUCGACCCGGGGCAACCGACAACGGACAGCUUUGUCUUCCACGGGUGCGCAAUCAGCCCCAAUAUAGAGAACUGGACCGUGACGUCCCACUGGACAGUGAUGAUCAAUGCGUUCACGAGCUGGGAGGCGUGCCAGGCCAAGUUGGCCUCCAUCUCGCGCCCAGAUACCGUUGUCUACGCCUGGUGGUUCCCAGGGGAGCCCAUCUGGACGGCAACGUGGUGCGGCCUCUCAAUUAACCCACCUGACAUCACGUACUCCUCCCUCUACGACGGAAACUGCCCAGUCGGCUAUGCGAAGGUCGGGGUGCAGAAGGACUUUACCGUCAACGGCGCUCAGUCCGACUACCAGUUCGCGGGCUGCUACGCCGACCUGACCCAGUCCAACCCGCCUGGGUACUUGGGCGACUUCUACAACGGCGGAGUCAACUCCUCGCAUUUGGCCAGCGUACAGCCCCAGGAAAUGAUGACCUCGCACGACUGCCUCGCGGGUUGCGCGAGCGAGUUUGCUGGCUGGAUUAAUGACAACCCAAGCCUUUUUACAACCGACUUGUAUGGGUACGCUCUGCACUAUGCUCCUGGGGCACCAGAGGUCACAGCACGCGGCGGGGCAAACUGCAUAUGUGCGCUAGAUACCGUCCACGGCAUACUCGGUCUCUGCGAGUACUACCAGGGUGGCACUUCCACAGGCGGUGGUUCCACAGGCGGUGGUUCCACCCCCGGUGGUUCCACCAUCGACCCCGGGCACGAUGGCAGCGGCACCGGAGACGAGGGGUCCCCGGGUGGUACCCCAGGAGGCGGUGGCGGCAGCGGAAGCGAUGGUGCCACGGGUGGUGCCCCCACCACCGACCCCGGGGACAUGGGCGGCCCCAGCAGCAGCGGCAGCGGCAGCGAUGGUUCCCCGGGUACUACCCCAGGGGGUAACCCGGCGGGGAGCUCGAGGAGACGCGAUGUCAACGGUGCCGACGUCAGUCCCUCCCUCCGCAGGCGCGAUGCCCCGUUCACCAUGGCCUACGUGUACGCCAUGCUACUCCCCCAGAUUCUCGAGCCUUCGGCAGCGCCCGUGCGGCGCCGCGCAGCAAGGGCGAAGCAGCUCGCGCUGCAGGAGGCCAAGCAGCACGCGUACUGCCCGCGCGGUCUGACGCCGUGCCACGUGUCGCCGCGGAGCAAGGGGUACGAGUGCCUCGACGUGACGAGCGAGCUUGAGUCGUGUGGCGGGUGCAGGUGGGGAGUGUACGGCAACGCCUCGUCGGCGGCCGUCGGCUUCGACUGCACCAGGCGCCGCGGCGUCGACUCGGCCGCCACCUCGUGCGUCCGCGGCAAGUGCACCGUGUGGGGCUGCCGCGCGGGCUUCAAGCUCGCGGGCGGCGAGUGCACCAAGGUCUAG